UAUUAUAAAAAAUCAAAACCUAAAACCUAAAAAAUUCACAGACAAACACACCAAACUCCAAUUUCGUACUGAUUUUCCGUCACACUUCACAUCUUCGAGGCUCGGCAUCUUCUGCCUUCGUCUUCUCUGACAAGCUACACCAGCAUCAACCAGAUUCCCGCCUAAUUGAAGAUGAAUCAGCCAACGAGGAAGAGGCCUUUCGCUGAAAUUGAUAAGCCGACAACGGUAUUGUGCACAGUGGUGGCCGUGGAUCACACGAAUCUAUGCUACAGAGUUUGCUCCGUCUGCGAAAGGACACUCCCGGAGAACGCCGCCGCCGGUGCUUGCAGGUACUGCACCACGAGCAAUCCUUUCAAUACCUCUGGUUCCAAACGCCUCUUUCGUGUUCUGAUGUCUAUAGCGACGGACACCGAGGUUUUUGUGGUGAUAAUGUUUGAUAGGGCUGCGAAGGUGUUGUUUGGUUGCUCAGCAGAUGAGUUCUUUGACUUCGCCAAAACUCAUCCGUAUGCUGCUAUGGCAGCAUGCAGGGCGUUGGAGGGGGAAAUACUGACGGUGACACUGUCGAAACCGAAGAAUGGCAACGCCCAGCAUCUGCGCGCAGUAUCGGUUGUGCCAAUGCAAUCUGGUUUCCAGCCGGCUAUCGGAACCUUGAGGGAAUUGUACCGAGAAAAAAUGGCUACCGGAACUAGCUCUGUAAUGUGAAUGUCCCUAUGUACUACCGUCUAGGUAUACAAGCCACGGUACGCUUUCAGCUUUUUUUUUUUUUACUAUACAAUUAUUGCGAUUUAUUCUUUAAAAAAUUUCGUUUCGAGUUAAAUCACUGGUUAUGGUUUUGUGAAAUAGAAUUGAAAUUUGUAUCUUAUAAAAUUGUGAUUCAAUGUGUUGAAUAGUUGGUCUAACCAUUUGUACAGGCUACUUAGAUAAGUCGUUGAACUCAUGCCCCAGAUCAAUAUGUCAUCUUUUAUAGGAUAUAUAUAUAUAUAUAGUGUAAGAAUCUUGUGAUUCUUUGAGUAUUUUUUGGAUAAAUUUUUUAUCUAACUUAAUAGCUGCAAAUUAGGC